AUUGACCGUCUUUGUUAGCGGCAGCAGGUUUCUCCUGGAGGGGGCGGGGCUGUGGGCACCAAGAUGGCGGCGGUAGCUGUGAGUCGGUUUUCUCGAGCAUGCUUAUUCGCCAGGGGAGUUUCUGCGGCUCUCCGACUGCACUACGUACAGCAAAAUGCAACAAGCUGGCGGAGUUCAGCAUGUUUCAUAAAUCAUAAAUGCAAUUUCAGUACAACUUAUUCAAACUUUACUCCUGCUGUUACCCAACCUGCUCCAUUUUUCAAGGGCACUGCUGUGGUCAAUGGUGAGUUCAAAGAGAUCAAUUUGGAUGACUACAAAGGAAAAUAUCUCGUCAUUUUCUUCUAUCCUUUGGAUUUCACAUUUGUUUGUCCAACUGAGAUUGUUGCAUUCAGUAACAAAGCAAAUGAGUUCCAUGAUGUAAACUGUGAAGUAAUUGGUGUUUCUGUAGACUCUCAUUUCUCUCACCUUGCCUGGAUCAACACUCCGAGAAAGAGCGGAGGUCUAGGGCAUAUGCAUAUACCACUGUUGUCUGAUAUAACAAAGCAGAUCUCUCGUGAUUAUGGGGUGUUAUUGGAAAACGCUGGUAUUGCACUGAGAGGUCUAUUCAUCAUAGAUACAAACGGCAUUAUCAAGCAUAUUGGCAUCAAUGACCUGCCUGUAGGUCGCAGUGUUGAAGAGACUCUACGUUUGGUUAAGGCCUUCCAGUUUGUGGAAACACAUGGAGAAGUUUGCCCAGCUGAUUGGACACCUCACUCUCCAACGAUCAAGCCUUCCCCAAAAGCCUCUAAGGAAUACUUUGCAAAGAUCAAGGAGUAGCCUCUAAAUUUCAUUCUUACUAUUCUUGUUCCAUCUUGGAUUUUUUUGGAAUAUGUUUUUAAACCAGAGAAUAGUGUUGGUUGUCUGAUUAAAAUUCAGAAACCUUUAAAGUACUAUGUUUAAAAUGUUUGUCUAGUAAUUUUGAAUGAAAUCAAGAACUAGGACUACUGAAUUCUCUCUCAGAAGACAUGUCUUGAAGAAAGCCAGAUGUACAAGGUCUGGCAAUAUAUUGUGACAACUAAUAUUGAGGUAAUAGCUAACCAGGUACCAGAAAUUAAUUGAUUGUCUCCUGAGAUUUAUUUUUUAUGAACUCUACAUUUAAGUUUAAUGUUUUAAUAACUACUGACUUGAUUUUUAAAAUAUAUCAUUAUCAUGCCUGCCUCAAAAUAAAGAUAUGCAUGCUUA